GGAGCGCUUACUUCCAGUGUGCCGGAUUAGUGAUUUUCAAAUUGCUGAUGUUUUAAGCCCAAAACCAAAGAGGACAACUCGCUUCUUGAGUGGCCUUAUCAACUUUGUGAAUUUCAGAGAAUUCCGACGUGAGGUCUACUUGGACUUACAACUGAACUACAAAUUGGCUAUGGAGAAACAACAACAACUGGAGACUGCAAAUCAGGAGGCGGCAAUAAAGCUGGAGAAACUCAACACCAUUCCAGCUGAACAUCAAGCAGAGGUCGAGCAACUGACAGACAACAUUCGAGAACUGGAGCAACUGCUCAGGCAAGACUAUCAUCGGAAACAAACAGCUCUGCAAGAAGUGAUUUCGCAAAAGAAGUCAGAUAUUGCAGAGAGUACCCGAAAACUGAAUGAACUCAAAGUGACAGUGGCUACUUCAAAAGAAGAGCAAGAGCAGCUGAAAUCAAAAAUUGUAGAGAAUCCAGAGGAACUGAAAAAUUACAACGAACUGAUGAAAGAGACUAUCAAGAAAUUAAAGAAAUCCAAGCAAGAAGUUAUUGAGAAAUACGAAGGUUAUAGAGACCUAAGUGAGUUUCUGACGUCAUGCCAAACGGAGCUGCAGUUAUACCAAAAGAAAAUGGAAAUACAGGGAGCGGAUGUGGAGGAACUGGCUUGUGUAUUAUCAAAGGUCAGAAAUCUGGAGGACCAGCUUGAGAGUGCUCGGAGCGAGCUGAAAACAGGGAAGACAGAUGAAAUGUCCUUGAAGAGACUGGUCACAGCAAAACAUGAGAAGUUGUCUACAGCUGAAAUAAGGAUAAAAAAGAAGCUUGAAGAUUUUGAGCAAAAUAAGCACAGUGCAUUUGAAUAUUGUAGCAGAAUUUCUGAGAAGAGAGGUGCUGUGCAUGAUAAGGUGAUGGCCAUUCACAAGGAAAUCCAACAAAUGAGGUUCAAAAUUCAGCAGCUGAAUGACAAUGCUGAAAAAGAAAAAAUGAAAGCCAAGGAAAUAUGCCUAAAUCUGAAGGCUGGGUUGGAGAAGUAUCAUGACUCUCUCAUUAGGACGGCAAGGAAUUAUGAUGCCUCAAGAGAAGAUAAAAUUGCUAAACUGAAGAAGGGGCUGCUUAGAGUUUAA